AUCUGGACCUAGAGAGUAGGGACAAUACUUCCAUACGGUCUUUUUGACUUCCCAAACCACACGGCGCGCGCGCGCGCGCAACCAAACGCCGCUGGAUUUUCUUGCGGAGAAAAAAUGGCCCAAAACGGCGAGCUCGAAGAGGCGGAGUUCUCGAAGCGGGUCCUGAUCAAGAGCAUUAUCGGGCGCCCCGACGGCGGCGCCGGCCUGGCCGGCCGGACGGUCCGCGUCGGCGGCUGGGUGAAGACCGGCCGUGAGCAAGGGAAGGGCUCGUUCGCGUUCCUGGAGCUCAAUGACGGCUCGUGCCCGGCCAAUCUCCAGGUCAUCGUCGACGCCGCCGUGGCGCCGCUUGGCCAGCUGGUGUCCACCGGUACUUGCGUGCACGUGGAGGGCGAGCUCAAGGUGCCUCCCGAAGGCACGAAGCAGAGGAUCGAGCUGAGGGUCCAGAAGGUUCUAGAUGUCGGGACUGUGGAUCCAGCUAAGUAUCCAUUGCCGAAGACCAGGCUAACGUUAGAGUUUCUCCGGGACUACGUUCAUCUUCGUCCCCGAACCAACACGAUUUCAGCAAUUGCUCGCAUCCGCAAUGCUCUGGCUUAUGCUACCCAUACAUUCUUCCAGAAACAUGGGUUUCUUUAUGUUCAUACUCCAAUUAUCACCACGAGUGACUGUGAAGGAGCAGGUGAAAUGUUUCAAGUCACAACCUUGAUAAGUGAUGCAGAAAAGUUGGAGAAAGAGUUGAUUAAAAACCCUCCUCCAUCUGAAGCUGACAUCGAAGCUGCUAAGCUUCUUGCCAUGGAGAAAGGGGAGGCUGUUGCCCAACUAAAAUCAGCCAAGGCAAGUAAGGAGGAAAUUAGUGCUGCAGUUGCUGAACUAACAAAAGUCAAAGAGGAUUGUUCAAAGCUGGAAGAGAGAUCUAAGCUCAAACCUGGCAUUCCCCAGAAGGAUGGAAAGAUUGAUUAUUCCCAAGAUUUCUUUGCCCGACAAGCAUUUCUGACUGUUUCUGGGCAACUUCAAGUUGAAACUUUUGCAUGUUGCCUUAGUAGUGUGUACACGUUUGGGCCAACUUUUCGAGCUGAACACUCACAUACCUCAAGGCAUCUGGCAGAGUUCUGGAUGGUGGAGCCUGAAAUAGCAUUUGCAGAUUUAAAGGAUGAUAUGAAGUGUGCGGAGGCUUACGUGAGAUUCCUGUGUCAAUGGCUACUUGACAACUGCCUUGAUGAUAUGGAAUUUAUGGUUAAGAACUUUGAUAAAACUGCAAUUGAUCGUCUAAGAAUGGUUGCUUCUACGGACUUUAUUCGCAUCUCUUACACUGAAGCAGUUGCAAUUCUUGAGGAAGUAUCAAAAGAGAGGCAAUUUGAGAAUAACGUGGAAUGGGGAAUUGAUUUAGCAUCUGAACAUGAAAGAUAUUUGACGGAAGUGAAAUUUAAAUCGCCUGUUAUUGUGUAUAAUUACCCAAAAGGGAUCAAAGCAUUCUAUAUGAAGGUCAAUGAUGACAAGAAAACUGUUGCUGCUAUGGAUGUGCUUGUACCAAAGGUGGGAGAGCUAAUUGGAGGAAGCCAAAGAGAAGAGCGUUACGAGGUCAUUAAGGAAAGGAUACUGGAGAUGGGGCUACCUCUGGAGCCAUACGAGUGGUACCUGGACCUACGUCGCUAUGGCACUGUUAAACAUAGCGGGUUUGGCUUAGGCUUUGAACGGAUGAUCCUCUUUGCGACUGGACUGGAGAACAUUAGAGAUGUGAUUCCGUUCCCCAGAUACCCUGGAAGAGCAGAUUUGUAAUUUAUCCUUGGAUAUAAAAGGAGGCGAAGAUUUUACAGUACCAAUAGCUUUUAAUUUUAUACCCUAACCCUAUUAAUAUUGUUCACUAUUAUUUUUGCUUGAGAAACUACGACAGCAAAUUGUUUUGUUUUCCUCUUAUGGAAUGGCUAGUAUGUGAUCCUACUUGGUGGGAAAUGGCAAUGCCUCAGUAAUGAAAGACGGUUCAUUUCA